AUGAAGCUUGCCCUGUACGCAUACACCUUUGCCCUCGCCAACGCCCAGCGAAAGAAAAAGAACAAGAAGAACAACCGACCAAAAGCUACCGAAGCACCUCGAGUCAUCGCCCUUCCUUCUCAAUCUGAACCAGGCCUAGCAGACAACCGACAGACUAUCGCCGAUAUGCUCCACUACCAACUGAACUACUACGGCAUGAACACGGACUCUUUGGACGUCCUUAGCUCCGGUUGCUGGUGCAAUUUGAUCGGAAACUACGACAAGAGAAAGGGCCAGCCAGUCGGAUCGAUGGACAUUUCUUGCCGAGCACAGAACCAUUGCUACAGAUGCAUUGGAAUGGACUACGGCUGUGAUCCCCUCAACAGUGCCUACACUGUUGUCAUCGAUGCUAAUUCUUACGAGCUGACAUGCGAGCAGAACACGGACCCAUGUGCUCUGAACGCGUGUAUGUGCGAUUUGGACUUGGUGAACAACCUCGUCCAAAACAUCGCCGAAGAAGGCUCAAACUUAAAUGGCUUGACCGAAGCUACUGGCUUCGAUACCCAAGCAAGGUGUAUUCCCGGUAAUAAUCCAGGACCAAAGGCAGACCAGUGCUGCGGAGAAUACCCGAAGCGAUUCCCAUUCUCCGACAACUACGGACAGCGAGGAUGCUGCAGUGGUAAGACUUACAACACUAACACUUUAGAGUGCUGUGCCGGUGGUGAGAUCAAAGGCAUUGGAUAUUGUGGCGGCUACUAA